CUCAGAGUUUCGUUUCCAGAGUGAAUAACGGGUCUGAAACAAAUAGGCAGCAAUUUGAAAACCUUUAAAUCAUUUCAGCGGCCAAAUCUAGAGCUGAGAGGCAGCAGCAGCAGCAGCAGCGGUUCAGCCGUCACACCAUCCGAAAAUGGCUGAGCUCCGACCCGCCCGGAGGAGCUCCACCAGUCCGCCUCUUACGGGGUUGAUGUGCGUUUUGUUGCUCGUUUUCGUCUUUGUCGCCUCCGCAAGUCGUGAUGUUGGAAACAACGAGACGAGGAGAAAUGCAGCCGGAGAGACGCAAGAGGACACCCAUCAUCAAACUAACUCCACUGCCCACAAAAAGGCUUUCCCCGUCCUCUCAGUCAACUACGACUACGUCAGAAAGCCCUUUGAGAUCUCCCUGUGGAUCCUCCUGGGCCUGCUCAUGAAACUUGGUUUUCACAUUAUCCCCAGAGUGUCCAACGUCGUCCCAGAGAGCUGCCUGCUGAUCGGCGUUGGUCUUCUGGUGGGCGGCAUCAUCAGAGCCAUCAGAGAGGAGGCCCCCGUCCUCGACACGAAGCUGUUCUUCCACUACCUGCUGCCUCCCAUCAUCCUCGAUGCCGGCUACUUUCUGCCCAUCCGGGCCUUCACGGAGAACAUGGGCACCAUCCUGGUGUUUGCGGUGGUGGGGACCCUGUGGAACGCCUUUUUCAUCGGCGGGAUGAUCUACGGUGUGUGUCUGAUUGAAGGGGCCCAGCUGGCCAGCAUGGACCUGCUGUCCUGCCUGCUGUUCGGCACAAUCGUCUCAGCCGUGGACCCCGUGGCCGUCCUGGCCGUGUUCGAGGAGAUCCACAUCAACGAGCUGCUGUACAUCCUCGUGUUCGGGGAGUCGCUGCUUAACGACGCCGUCACUGUGGUUCUCUAUCACCUGUUCAAGGAGUUUUCUCUCGCGGGAACGGUGACGAUGGCCGACGCCUCCCUCGGCAUUGUCUGUUUCUUUGUGGUUUCACUGGGAGGCAUCAUGGUGGGAGCCAUCUACGGCCUCCUGGGGGCCUUCACCUCCCGCUUCACCUCGCACACCCGAGUCAUCGAGCCCCUGUUUGUUUUCCUCUACAGCUACAUGGCUUACCUCUCCGCUGAGGUCUUCCACCUGUCAGGCAUCAUGUCGUUGAUAUCAUGCGGCGUGAUAAUGCGUCCAUACGUUGAGGCAAAUGUCUCCCACAAGUCGUACACCACCAUCAAGUACUUCCUGAAGAUGUGGAGCAGCGUGAGCGAGACGCUUAUCUUCAUCUUCCUCGGUGUUUCCACAGUGGCCGGUCCUCACGCCUGGAACUGGACCUUCGUCAUUUUCACCGUGGUCAUCUGUCUGGUGUCGAGAGUGCUGGGAGUCAUUGGCCUCACGUACAUCAUCAAUAAAUUCCGCAUCGUGAAGUUGUCCAAAAAGGACCAGUUCAUCCUGGCCUACGGUGGCUUGCGAGGAGCCAUCGCCUUCUCACUGGGGUUCCUGCUGACCGACAACGAGUUGAAGAGCAUGUUCCUCACAGCCAUCAUCACCGUCAUCUUCUUCACCGUCUUUGUGCAGGGAAUGACAAUCAGGCCUCUGGUGGACCUUCUGGCCGUGAAGAGGAAGAAGGAGAGCAAAGGGUCAAUUAAUGAGGAGAUUCACACACAGUUCCUGGAUCAUCUCCUCACGGGAAUCGAAGACGUCUGUGGUCAUUACGGACAUCAUCACUGGAAAGACAAGCUGAACCGCUUCAACAAAACCUACGUGAAGAGGUGGCUGAUCGCGGGCGAGCGCUCCACCGAGCCUCAGCUCAUCUCCUUCUACAAUAAGAUGGAGAUGAAACAGGCCAUCAUGCUGGUGGAGAGUGGGAGCGCCGCCAAGCUGCCCUCACUCGUGUCCUCCGUCUCCAUGCAAAACAUUCAGCCUAAAGGGCCGGCAAGAGGACGGGCGAUCCCGAGCAUCUCAAAGAGUCGUGAGCAGGAGAUCAGAAAGAUUCUGCGAGCCAACCUGCAGAAUACCAGACAGAGGCUUCGCUCGUACAGCAGACACGACCUGUUCAUGGACCAGUUUGAGGACAACGUUAGUGAAGUCCGCUUCAGGAAGCAGCGGGUGGAGAUGGAGAGGAGGAUGAGUCACUACCUCACAGUUCCUGCAAAUCGCCAGGAAACAACGCCAGUGAGAAAAGUCUGCUUUGAACCAGAACACCGGGUUUACACUUACGAUGACAGCGAGAGCCCCCGAGGCCAGACGGCUCAAACGCGCCCCAGCCCCCCCGAUGCCCUUAGUGUGUUGAACGAAUCCCCAAGGCCCAAUCAGAGCAGUGAGCUCAGGGCCAGAGAGCCGGACCAGGAGCAGGAAGAGCAGGACCAACUGAAACUAUCACGCUGCCUUAGCGACCCCGGUCCAAAGCAGGAAGAGGAUCUCUCAUGAGGAGGCACAUAUCUACAGUUCUUGAAAUCAGAGGAUGGAUCUCCUCAUGUCAUCUGUUGUAUCAAAUGAGUGGAGAUCCCUGUUGUAGCAAACCUUGAUAUUUAUGAAGAUUUUCCAGAAGUUCAUCCUUCAUCCAGAGGAUUUUUAUCAUGUAACAUAUUACCAAAGCAUGCACCACUGGCCAUUUGCCAUUUCAGGAUUAAAUUACAGCCCGAAGUGAGUGUCAACAUUUUUGUGUGUCUUAACAAGCAGACUUCAAUCAUAUAGAACAAAAAAUAAGACUGAGCACUUGUUUUAACAAGCUUGAAGCACCAAAGGGGUGUUCACCCUGAAAGCACAGUAUGAAGAAUCUAUAUGAUGUGAUAUUGCUAUUACACAUAUAUCUUUAGCAACAAGGCGUUGCUGCAUAGAAGUACCAAAGAUGUGUUUGAUGUAAGAAGCAGAUGAUGCCCUAAUAUUCAAAAAUAUUUGUUUCUCAUUUUAAAAAAAUAUUAAAAUGCUCAGAUAUCUAUAUUGGGAUUGAUCAGGCUGUCCUGUUGAACUAGAAAGCACAUAUUUGUUGUUCCGAGAAUAUUAAAUAACUUAAAAGUCAAGAUGAAUUUGUAACAAAUAUUGUUUGAUCGCUUUUAACAUUGCUUCAUGACUGAUCGGUGUUUUCUCAGGGACCGCGACAUGACAGUAUUAACAGACGGAAUCUGCAGAAGGAAAAUUGGUGUUUCUGUCCAGAAUGUGCUCCACUCGUCUCUAUUUAUAGCGUGACUGUUGUGAGCUUCUGUAACAUUCCAGAAGUAAUGGAGUUUGUCAAAUGUUUUGUUGUGUGACGCUGCUCUACAUAUCUGUGUUCCUGGUAACUGAGCAUGCUUCGAGGUUAAAGAGGUGAAUCACCUUUUCAUAGCUGCACUGGACUGCCUAAGCUUCUGCUGCCUGCACAUGUUUGCCUUAAAACGUAUUGCUUUCUGUGUUUUAUCCAGUUGAAUAUUUUUCUAUUUUGAAAAAAGAAAGUCAUAAACAUUGUCAAGCAAAGGAGAGCUUUAAUUCCUGUGUGAAAUAAAGAUUAUGUCAUUGCUUAAGUGUGAUUUUGUUGGAUUUUUUUGAAGAAGAAACACCCAUGAAAGCAUUUUAACAUGCAUUCUCCUUGGUAUCUGGUGUCAUAUUUCAUC